GUAGCGUGUUAUAGUCUGUGUAAAUGUUCGCUAAUGGCUCGUUGUAGGGCUGCGUAUGGCUACGAUGUCAAUUCGCCGGAAUUCAAGGCGUGGCAGCAGCAACAAUACGCAGCCUACUAUGCACAGCAAGGAUAUGGUGCUGCUGGAGCGAUGGGAAGUGCCCAGAGCCCCACGGCUCUGGGCGCCCCUCCGCCGAGCGAGCCUGCUCCGCCUCCGCCUCCUCCAGCGUAGCGCAAAGAGUGGUGGUGUUGCACUUGUUCGGUGUCUCAUGCUGAUCUAUGCAGAUGUCUUUUGGUAUGGUGUCGUCUUAUAUCCGCUGCCGUGUUUUCUGCUGUCUUGCAUGGCCGCGCUCAUCGAGGUUCCUGGCGAGCGUAUCGUGCGUGUAGUCGUAGGUUCUUUGUUCGCAGUCAUCCUGCUCAAUGUGUAUAGCGUAGGGCAGUAGUGAUGCAGUUUUUUUGCGGAUAGGCAAGGCUGUACAUUGAUUCCCUUUUCCGUUGGCACGUUGGCUAUCGGCGGUGACGUCGCU